AUGUCUGAUUACACGAACGGUGGCAAUGCGGAUGAGGAUGAAUCAAAGGCCCAUGGUCCGAGCAACAGAUCACGCGUCAUCCUGGAAGAGGACGAGGAGGAAGAGAACUUCUGGGAUGCUGCCGAAAAGAUCUACGACAACAACCAGAUCCUCGCGCUGCCUCCCCGACCUAUGAUACCGGAGAUCAUCCUCCGAGGAGCUGCCCGUGGCUACUGCCACGGGAAGCGUCUCUGCGCUCCGUCUCAUCAAGCAAACAUGGCGCCCAAAUCCAGCAAGUGGGACGACAAGAUGAACGCUGCUCUGUACCAGUCCAUCUACGAAGUCCUGGACCCCAAGUUCACUCAGGAGGACUAA